UGUACCAUGAUGUCCCCUAGGUCCCCCGAACAUUCUCCCAGCCACCCAACCAGAUCACCUACGCUUUCGGGUGAUAUUAUUUUCCGUAUAGUCAGGAGCAACUUUCACACAACGAGGGUUAUUAUCAGCUUAUCAAAAACAUGUCGCCUCUACUGUGGGGCUCUGGAUCCAUUGCUCUAUAGAGCUGACGUACUUAUGGUUCGGGAAAGAGUCUUUAAGUAUAGGCGUCAGGCUAGUGAUUGGUAUAUACUCCCCGGCUCUAUGUCUAUGAAUGCCAUGUUACGCAGUCUAUAUGAUUUGGAUAGGUCAGCCCUUCACUGGGCUGUCAAAGACAAUGGUAGUGUUGAUAUGACGGUAGCUCGAAAGUCCAUCAAGGCAGCGCUGGCAUAUUGGCCAGACUACCUCCACGUCAAGAGUGGAAAAAUGGGCGGAAUGACACCGCUUCAAUUAGCAGCUACAUAUGGUGCAGACGAGAUAGUUCAGGAGCUGAUAAAGGCCUGUCCUCGGGUUGAUGCGCCGAUCACAUUAGAUACUGACAUAGGCCCCUGCACAAAGCUUCCAUUAUCCAAAUUUUUGCUAAACGAAGAAUUUAGCGCUACUUCACUCCAUAUCGCUAUGCUCUAUGGACAUGUGCAUAUUGCCGAGACCCUAGCUCGUCUUAUGCCAGAUCUUGAGGAUCCCCAGGAGACUCCGAGUACGAGUACAUUAUCGCCACUAAAUUUGGCCGCCGUGUGCAAACUGCCAUCGGUCAUCAAAAUACUGCAAACUCGAGGCUACCAAGUUCCGAGAAAUGAAGGCCACUUAGGUGACACGGGAUUGACACCCAUGCAUUUUGCAGCCAGCACCGAGGGCAACGAAGAGACCCUUGGGUUGUUGCUCAGUACUGGUUAUAGCAUCAAUGAUGUCGACAAUGGUGGUUAUUGUCCUAUUGGGACCGCAAUUAAGUUUCGUUGCCCGUCUAAUGCUUUAUUCCUAAUCAAGAAUUUAUCAGCUGAAGAAAAACUGAAUAUUGCUGAUAAGUAUUUCGAUAAACUACUACAGUCAGAUGUUUUUCUUCCACUCGUUAAACCCUUAUUGGAGCAUACCAGCAUCGAGCGAAAGCGGGCUCGUCGCUACAAGUACCUUAUAUUAAAGCACUCUAACAACCCACGACGGCGUAGAAAUCUGCUAGACAUGCUUGAUUUCUUAAUCCAUCACCCAAAUAUUAACUUCUCGAAGAAAACACACGCGGAUCUUGAAGCGAAGAUAACCGAAACUCGGGAAGAAGUUGCUGAUGAACUAGUUGACUAUUUCGUAAAGUACUCUUAUAGGUAUAAAAAAUAG